AUGUCACCCCCUGUCCACGUAUCGAUAAGUGAUCCAAUUUAUCCACCUAGAUUCGAUCCCUAUGCUAACGCAUCAAACGUAGCUGGAACUUUUAUGGUGCGCCCUUUGAGUACGCCUAUGACAAGUAAUCCACUAUUCAUUCCAACUACGUCGACUAAUGUCGUUCAACAACUAAUGGAGCCAAAAUCCAAAAACGAUCCUCCACCCAAAGUUCAAUAUGAUCAAGAUUAUACUCCUGAAUUGACUUUUAAAAUUCCAAGCUCUUACCCUCACACUCAUCAGUAUAGUUCCCAUGUUGAGGCUGAAAAAGCUGUUAAGAACGAGGAACAUGAAGAAAUGACUAGAAAAAUGAAGAGUUUGGAACAGAGUGUAAGAGAUAUGCAAGGAUUGGGAGGUCACAAAAAUAUUUCAUUCAAUGAUUUGUGCAUGUUUCCCCACGUUCAUCUACCCAUCGGUUUUAAAACUCCAAAGUUCAAAAAAUAUGAUGGACAUGGAGAUCAUGUAGCUCAUUUAAAGAGAUAUUAUAAUCAACUGAGAGGGGCUAGAAGCAAAGAAGAAUUGCUCAUGGCUUAUUUUGGGGAAAGUUUGAUAGGAAUUGCCUCAGAAUGGUUCAUAAAUCAAGAUACUUCUAACUGGCAUACAUGGGAUGAUUUGGAUCGAUGCUUUGUUCAACAAUUUCAAUAUAACAUCGACAUAGUUCCAGAUCGUACUUCACUUGUCAACAUGAGGAAGAAGACCACCGAAAUUUUUUGUGAAUAUGCUAUUAGGUGGAGGGAGCAAGAUGCUAGGGUUAAGCCGCCAAUGAAAGAGUCUGAAAUGAUUGAUGUUUUCCUUCAAGCGCAAGAACCAGACUACUUUCAUUAUUUACUUUCCGUUGUUGGAAAAACAUUCGCUGAAGUUAUUAAGAUUGGUGAAAUGGUGGAAAAUGACAUUAAGUCUAGAAAAAUUGUAAGUCAAGUUGCCUUGAAAGCUACAACACAAGUGAUUAAAAAUGGAUCAGGAAAUCUUAAGGGAAAGAAAAUGAAGGAAGAUGUAGUAAAUGUUGUGUCAGACACACUAAAGGGUCCAAGGGGUCCAGUUUAUCAAUAUGCACCACCUCAAUUUCAUCACUAUUUCCCCAUGCAAGAUACACAAAAUUCUAUUGUCCCACCUCAAUAUGCAGUCUAUGGUGCACAACCAUAUGCAUAUCCACCAAACUAUCCUCAAUGGAGAGCACCAACAAAUCAAAAUGUUCGUCCUUUCUCUCAAACUUUUCGAGCACCUUAUAAUCCCCGUCCAAGACAGGGAUUUAAGGGAGGUCAAAUACCUAUGAACAAUUUCACACCAAUUGGAGAGUCUUACACAAGUGUAUUUGAGAAAUUCAAACGUUUGAAUAUGAUAGAGCCAAUUCCUCAAAAUUACGUGGAUCCACAUGCAAAAGGUUUCAAUCCUACAAUACGGUGUGCAUACCAUUCUGAUGCUCCAGGGCACAGUACUGAAGAUUAUCAAAAUUUAAGAAGAAAGGUGGAAGAGAUGGUUCAAACAAAGAUGAUUGUGGUUCAAAAUGAUGACCCCCCAAAUGUUACUAAGAAUCUUCUACCGGCGCAUAAUGAUACACACUUCAUCGAAAUGAUGUGUUAUGACAAAGAAUAUGACAAUUCUCUCAAUUCUCAGAAAAAGACAAUUGAAAUUGUUGGAGCUUUCAUGAAGGUUAGCGUGCAAAGUAGUGGCUAA